AUGGACAACCCUGCCGAAGGUCCUCGUAAGUUUCCCUCUCAGCAUUUCCCACCUUCUUGCCCCAAACCGCUGACCAGCAUGAUCACAACAGCAGCAUACAACGUCGGCGACGUCCUGAAGUUGGAAAUUCUUCAGAGCAACAACGAUGUCUUGCCCCAGUACGAGGAAGUCUCGGUCGAGAUUACCGAGCUCAUCACCUGUACCAUGGCUACCGUCGUGCGUGUCAAGUUCGACAAAGGUUGCGCCGUCCUUAAGCUCUACGAUCGUCGAUUCGGCAAUGGACUCCGCGACUGCGGGUACGAAAAUAUCCCCUACUGUGAAGAAGCCAAGGCCGCAUUCCACGGGUUCCUGAAGCGAGGCGCCAUGGGCCCUUUCCUCAAAGAGAUGGACGACGAAGACUCGACGUCUGACUUACGAACUGCAAGCCAGAUUCGCGCAGAGCCAGAUGGAGUUGCCCGCUUCGAAGCACUCCUAUGGCGAUAUACCGACAAACACUAUAAAACUGAGACUGAGGCAUACAUGCGUAUGCAGGAUCUUCAGGGAGUCCUUAUCCCGAGAUUCUACGCUGCCGUGCUUGUGGCCACUGGCAAGAAAAACACCAGGAAGAAUUCGUACUUUGAUAUUCAUGGCAUCUUACUCGAGUCCAUCGAAGGCCACUCUCUAGAUGAAUUCAUUUCCAAACCUUGCGCCCCCACAACCGAACAAGAGUGGUUAUCUAUCGUACAGCAUGCAGUCGACUCAGCACACGAGAUCAACAAACGAGGCAUAAUUCUCGACGAUAGCGCCCCCCGUAAUGUGGUUGUUGACCGAACCUCACACCAGGUUUUCCUCAUUGACUUUGCUCAAUGCUUCUUCAAGGACACAAUCUUCAACACUUGGGAAUGGGAUACGGACGCGGAGGACUAG